UUCAAGAUGGCGGAGCUCGGAGCUUCGUUGACAGAUAUGAAGUGGUUGCACGAGUUGUCCGUUGGAGGGGCUAUGACGGGUGGAAAUGUGAACAAAGAUGGAACUCAAAUCUCAAAAACUCAUGGCGGACAGGUGCCAAUGCGAAAAGCUCCCAAUUCGCCACUGGACACAAGUGCAACCCUUGAUAAAGACGAAGCGUCAAAUCACAGAGAUGGAAAACCCCCGUAUAGUUACGCCAAUUUAAUUACAUUUGCCAUAAACAGUUCAAAACAUAAGAAAAUGACUUUAAGUGAGAUAUAUCAGUGGAUCUGUAACGAAUUCCCCUACUAUAAAGAUGCGGGAAACGGUUGGAAGAAUUCAAUACGUCAUAAUUUAUCUCUGAACAAAUGUUUUUUGAAAGUACCAAGAUCAAAAGAUGACCCAGGAAAGGGGUCGUAUUGGGCCAUAGACAACAAUCCUCCAGAUGAUUCCUUGCCAUCUAGACACAAGAAACGGAAACUAAUUAGUGGAGAAUGG